GAAUAGGUGGGGAAUGACAGCUAGCACUCAGUGAACUAACAAUCUAAGAAAUAGAUCUGUUUCUCUGCGUACUUUGGCUGUGAUUUGUUUUCAAAAUGAUCAACUCCUAACCGGAAUGUCUGAUUGAGCAUUCACUGGAAGCCAUGAUAUUUUAGAGAGGCGCACGGUGGGUAGAAGAUUCACAAUUUUGAAGAGAAAGCAUUCUUAAACUACCAUCAAAAUCCCAAUGGCUGACAACAACUUUCCUCCUCUGCCUGGCUUUAUUCCACUGAAGCCAUGCUUCUACCAGGACUUUGAGGAGAUACCUGACCAGCACCGCACCAUGUGCAAGAGGCUCUACUACUUGUGGAUCUCGUAUGGCAUCACCUUGCUGGUGAAUUUCUUCGGCUGUAUGGCAUGGAUGUUUGGUGGUGGAGGAGUGACUAACUUUGGCAUGUCGAUCAUAUGGGUUAUUCUCUUCACCCCAUGUUCCUAUGUGUGCUGGUUUCGACCCAUUUACAAUGCCUUCAAGACUGACAGUUCCUUCUAUUUCAUGGCAUUCUUCUUUGUCUUCAUGGCACAGCUUUUUAUUACCAUAAUUCAGGCCAUUGGUAUCCCAGGAUGGGGUGUUUGCGGCUGGUUAGGCACCAUCUCCUUCUUUGGCACGAGCAUCUUUGCCUCCAUCAUUAUGCUAAUCCCCACGAUCAUGUUCACUGCAGUGGCUGCCAUUUCAUUUAUCGCCCUCACUAAGGUUCAUAACUUCUACCGAGGCAGUGGCGGCAGUAUGAGUAAAGCCCAGGAUGAGUGGGUGUCUGGUGCCUGGAAAAACCCUCACGUUCAGCAGGCAGCUCAACAGGCAGCUCUGGGUGCCGCGGCAGGGGCAAUGCAGGGUCAGCAAGCACCACAGUACUCCACACCUACCUAUGACAACACUAUGUAAAACAGUAUGAAAGAGUGAAUUUGUGAAUAGAUUCAGGCCAAGCUGGAAACCUCAUGUUUGCCUUAGCUAUUUGUGAUGUAGCUGUAAAAUGUUUUUAUCAGGUUAAUUUUGUCUGAGGCGGGAUGACGAAAGUGAUGUUGUAAAUAUCCUGUAGAAAGUUUUCAUGUUUUAAUUUAAUGUUUGUGAUUUGUUUAAUGUUUUCUGCAUAUUGUAGCUCAUUUGUUAUGUAUAGAUAUCUAAAAAGUAGUGCAAACGUCAUGGUGAUUUCUAUAUUGUAUAUACAUUUUCUAGCUAUGCUCAGAACUGAAAUAUCUUACUGGCUUGAUUUAAAAAAAAAAAAAUUGUUAUUUAGUGAACGGCUGAAAACCCAAGUGUAAUACAGAGAUGCAUAAUGGUUGUAAAGCUUAUAAAGCUGUAUGAAUACAUUUGACUGUAUAUAGUUUUGAAUUUGUCUGUAGAUAAUAUUUAGUUUAAGGUGCUAAUUUGUCUUUUCCCUUUAUUGUUGGGUAAAUGUUUUACCGGAAAUGUAGAAUUCAGAAGCAAAUAUACAGCAGUCAUAUUUUAAAUGCAAGAUCAAAUUAAACUGCUAUAUUAGCGUGUAACUUUUUCAUAUAUAUGAAUGGAAACAAUACAUGAAGAAAAAAGUAAAAUACAAAAAAAAAAAAAAGAAAAGAACUGAACAACAUGACAAUUUAAAUAAAUACAU